UCCUGUCAUCGUCAUCUCUAGAUGAUCUCUUUGGAUUUUAAAUGGCGUAUUAUUGCUUGUAAACUUUUUCAGUUACUGAUAUAAAUUGAUUUAUCUGUUAAAUAAUCGUUGUUUUAAAGUGUUUAUUGUUGAGAUCAAGAUCGUUAAAUAAUAUCAAGGUUUACCAACAUCUGAAUCAUGAGCCGAGGAAUUUUUUUCACCCGAGGACGUGUGAGCCGUUACAGAGGAAGUGGAGGAUUCCGCGGAAGCAGUAUCAGGCGGGGGAGGGGAGGAGAAAAUGGUUUCUCAUCUCGGAGUGAUAGAGGCUCUAAAUGGAACUAUGGAGGCUCAUCUAGAGGAAAUGACCGAUUUGGCUCCAGCAGUCGUAUGGAUGACUCCGGCUAUCAUCGGUUUGGUGGCGGUGCCUCGUCAAUGCGUCGUUCUCAAGAAGAUAGUUAUCGGGGACGGAGCGAGUAUCGCGGAUACAGAGGAGGAAGCUUUGGAGGGGAUAAGCGUGGAGCUGGUAGCUUGAGCAGUCGUCCGAGAAGUGACAGCUAUCCGUUCAGGAAGACGGUUAGCUCCUCUUUUCGAGGCCGAUUCACUAGCUCGAUUCGGAGCAUUGGCCGAUCGAGAGGCGGCCGAAUAUCAAGAGGAUUUCGCUCCGAUCCCACCAGAAUGACCCCUCGAAAACUGGCCGUAAUAGGCGGACUCAUCAACAGAACACAGGGAGACCUGCAAAGGCUGAAAAUGAAUUCGGCAAUUAAGAGGAUAAAAGAUUUGGAGAAGCAGGUCAAAUCCGAAGAAAACAUCGACUGGGAUACGAUUGAGGAUGAUGAGGAAGAAGUCGUCGAAGAAGAGGUUGAAACCGAGGUAGAAGAGUCAGCUGAGGAAGAGGCUGAUGAACAAAGUCCCAAGAAGAAGAAGAAGAAGAAAGGCGAAGAAGUAGAAAAGAAGAAAACUGAUGAGUUAGUCGAGGAAGGUGAAGAAGUAGAAGAUUCGCCUAAAAAGAAAGUCGUCAAGAAGGUGGUAAAGAAAGUAGUGAAAAAGAUUGCCAAAAAAGAAACUCCGACAAAGAAGAAGGAUUCAAAAGAGGAAGGAGAGGGUGAAGAGGAAGAAGCUAAUGAAGCUGACGAAGAAAAAAUUGAGAAGGAAGAUGAGAAAAAAGACGGCGAUGAUGCUGAAAAGUCUGGUGACUUCAAAUUCGAAUGUCCUCGUUGCAAAACUACCUGCCUGACUGAAAAGGGCUACAACAAGCAUUUGAAAGGUGCCAAGCACAUGGCUGCCAUGCAGAAGCUGACAAUAGCACUUCGCUCCAAGCUGAGCAUAAUGCGCAUUGAGCAGCGUCGUGAACAGCGUAUCAUUGACGAGCAGCGCAGCAGUAGAAAUUUGAAUACUAUUUUCUGCGCAAUUUGUAAACUAAAUUUCCGCUGCUUGGCUUCAGCACAUGCUCGUUCUUUCAGACACCAGAAAAUGAAGAAAUUCCUGAUGCCGAUGUGCCGUGUAUGUGGCAUAACUGCAAAAUCACCAAUGCAGUAUGAGCAUCAUAUCUGUGAAGUGAAUCAUUUGAAGAGGGCAGCCAAAAAAGACAAAGAAAGGGAAGUGGACAAAGACAACUACAUGGUUGUAGAUGCUGUUGGCUCUCAAGACGAAGAAUCUGACAAAGAAGGAAAAGAGAAGUCAAAAACUGAAAAUAAAGAUAAAACUGAGGAGGGUCAGAAGGAAGGCGAUAAGUCACCAGAGAAAAAGAAGAAGAAUCUAGAAGUUGAAUAUGGUUACGAAUUCUGCAAGCAGAUCAGCGUUAUGUUCUGCGACCUGUGCGAGUCGUACCUGCCGCAGGCGUGCUCCGCCAUGGAGGAGACCGCACUGGCGGCGCACUGCCGCAGCCGCAGGCACAUGGACCGCUUCAUCCAGCUCAAGAAGUAUCAGCGACGCUCCAUGCUCGAAAAGACAGAGAAGCUGGAAGAGAAGCAGUUGGAGGAGAAAGAGAAGAAGUCAUUGUCGUCGGCCGGGAAGGUAGUGAACGGCGUGACGCCGGAGAAGUCGCCGAAGAAGAAGGAGGCCUCCUCGGCGCCAGCCGACGACGACAAGAUCUGGUCGGCGCUGGGGGACUUCCUCGACCAGGUGCAGCCGGCCGAUGACGAGGAGGCAGCUGGCACCCGCUACGACCGCUUCAAGGACAGCGACCAGCUCAGGGAGGGUGCCCACGAGGAGGAGGAAGAGGAGGAGGAGGUCGAGGACGAAUGAAAAGGUUGGAUCAUCUGUUAACUAAUCAUGGAUGCUCUAGACAUUUGCAAUGAUGACAUUGGUUUAACAAUAUUUUAUUUGUGUUCUGUGACUGUCUAAGAUUUUAUCUGAUUUUUCCAUUAUGUUAGAAGACAAGAAAUUUUAUUCAAUUACUAUGUAUUCAAAUGGAAUUAUAAAAGCUUGUACUGUACUGUAGAUUUAACUAGGCAUUAAGUUGGUAUCAAUACAAUUUUUUAUCACGUGUCAAAA